AUGUUUUCGUCAUUCUUUGGUAAACGUAGAUCAUCACCAGUGGAAGACGAUACGCCACCUAUUCCUGGACCAAAGGCAGACGAUGGAUUUGUUAUUGUGGACCCGAAUUCCCCCAGAGGAGGGUUAUAUCCUAGCGUGAGUGGGAACCAGUACCCUCCUCGGCCGGCCCCGUUGCCUCCAAUUCCUAGGAGGAUAAAUGCAGAGCCAACAUUCCAUUAUUUACAAGGUGUACCCUUUUCACUAUCGAAAGAAAUAGAAAUGUCUACAAAUAAAGAUGCGUUCGCAACAGAGAUCGGCGAUCUUCUGGCCUUCCUCACCGGUAAAGUGAACUUGAGCGGCUACAAUUAUGAUUUCUCAUUGGAAAGGAGUGUUCUUCAAGAGUUUAGAUAA